AGUUAUGCGUCUGCUCUCGCUCAGACUGUACGCUAUGUUAAGUUUCCACCAUGAGUUCUGUACGACCUUUAUCACUUGCUGCUCGAGAUACAAUUGAGAAUCUCCCAACGGACUUUACGGGGGCCCUCUCAACGACACAACACCAGCAAGUUCUCGAGGCUUUCUCGCGACUCGAUCUUCUUUCCCAAGGAUCACAACGUCCGAAAUUGUUCCAGCUCAGAUGCCUCAUAUCAUUACUUUCCGCGAGACACGUUGUACUUCGAGCUGCGACAGGCUCUGGAAAGACCCUUGCUAUGAUUCUCCCUCUACUCCUUUCUCCUAACAAGACAGCUAUCACUGUCACACCUUUGAAAUUGCUGCAGCGAGAUCAUGUUCAGGAGUUCGAGCAGUAUGGCAUUCCCUCGAUUGCUAUUAAUCACGAUACUCCAAAUGAUAAGACUCUCUGGAGUCGUGUCUCUGCAGGAGCUUACCGUAACCUCCUUGUUGCACCAGAGCAAUUUUUUCCUGAAGGUGGACACAUUCCCCGUCUCGCGCUGUUGCUGAAGGAUCAGAACUUCAUCAAGCGGGUUGGUUUUUUUUUUCGUUGAUGAGGCUCAUUUUAUUAUCACGGCUGGAGAACCCAAGGCAGGGGAGAAGGUCGCGUUCCGUGCAGCAUAUGGCAAGCUCGCGGAGGUACUGGUGCAACUCCCACUCGGCGUUCCUGUUGCCCUCUUCUCGGCAACUUUGCCACAGCCGAUACUCCAGCGAAUCGUUAAAUCACUGAAUCUUUCGAAGGAGAUAACAGAUACCUUUAUGCUGACCACCAACCGCCCAAAUAUCAGUCAUGCGGUGAUUCCUAUGGUCGACUCCAUCAAAAAUCUCAGCAACCUUGAUUUUCUCGUAUCUGUUCCGUUUCAUCCGCCUAUGUCUUAUCCUCCG